AUGGAGCACUUCCCUCCUCCACCCACUGAACUAAUGCCCCAGGAGGUCCCAGAGUGCUGUGACGCACUCCCGCCUCAGGAGCAGGCUGGCCAACAGAGAUACAUCUUCAACAAGGAGCACUACUCCAAGCAGAGGAACAUCAAUGAGCUGAAGCGCCUGUACAAGCACAUGCACCCAGAGGUUCGGCGGACCAUGGAGAAGGACUACUUCACUGACGUCACUGAGAUUGAGCAGUCACAGCUGGAUAGUGAAGAUGAGAUGACCGGGGAAGUCCAGCAGGCUUGCUAUGUGUUUGAGAACAGCGGUGGUGAUGAAUGUAUGAGCCCUGAGGGAGAUUACCUGGAGUGGGACGAGAUCCUUAAAGGGGAGGUGCAAUCCAUGCGCUGGAUGUUUGAGAAUAAGCCGCUGGAUACCAUUAAAGAUGACACCCCAGAUGAGGAUGAUGAAGUGAAGAACAUUGCUCAGCAGGAAAUCAUUGCAGGAAGUGAUGUCAAAUACACAGCAUGGAUGUUUGAGACCCAGCCCAUGGAUGCGCUGCGUGCAGACACCCCAGACUCCACUGUACAGACAGGGAAAUUGACAGAGCUGGCAAGAGGAGAUGUCCGUACAGCCACCUAUCUUUUCGAGACCCAGCCACUGGAUUGUCUGAAUAAAAUCUACCAGGAGGAUGAGCAAGCCUUGGAGGUAGUCUUCACUAAAGAUAUUACAGGAGGGGACGUGAAAACGGCCAGGUAUCUGUUUGAAACUCAACACUUGGAUUCCCUCAGCCACACAGAGACCAUUGAGGAGAGCCACUUCUUGAACCUGAAGUCAGAGCUUGAGGAGAUCAAAGGGGAAGUGAAGACAACCACACGGAUGUUUGAGACCCAGCCCAUGUGUGUCAUCAGGGGCGACUCUGGAAAUAUGCUGGAGAUCACCGCCAUCCGCAGGGAGGAGAUGGAGAAAGGAGACGUGAAGACCUCCCGCUGGCUCUUUGAGACCCAGCCUCUGGACAUGAUCAACAAAGACCCUGCCAAGGUGAAGCUGAUCUGUGGAGUCUCAAUGGAGGACAACUCCCAGGGAGGCGUGAACCGAGGGAGGUGGCUGUUCGAGACAAAGACACUGGACUCCAUUAAAGACGAGGAAUGGGAAAGCCUCAGGCAAAAGGAGGAGAUUAUUGGAGCUGAUGUGCGGAAGCACUGCCUGGUUUUCGAGACACAGCAGAUGGAUACUCUGAAAGACAAUGCCAAUGCCAGACCUUUGCCCUCAGAGGAGAUUGUAGGAGGUGAUGUGCGAUCAGCAAAACAUCUGUUUGAGACAGUGCCAAUGGAGAACCUGAAGGAUCUGGCUGAAGUAGGUAAACUUCAGAAGAUGGUUGCGUCUGAGGACGAGAAGGGUGAUGUUAGACAUCAGAAGUGGGUUUUUGAAAGUCAACCACUUGAAAACAUAAGGGAGGAGAAGAAGGAAAUCACACGCACAAUAAACCUUGCAGAACUUGAUAAAGGCGACGUCACAAAUCACAAGGAAAGAUUUGAAACCUUGGAUUUAAGCAGAUGUGAGGGGGCACAGAGAAUUCAAGUUGAAGGUGUUACCAGUGGGUCUGUGAAAUCAAACAAAGUACUUUUUGAAUCCACCCCGAUGUAUGCCAUGCAAGACAGCGAGGGACACUACCAUGAGGUGAAAACCGUGCGACGUGAGGAGAUAGUAAAAGGAGAUGUUAGAAGCUGCAGGUGGAUGUUUGAAACACGUCCUAUCGAUGAGUUUGAUGAAAGUAUCAAUAAAUUCCAGAUUAUAAAAGGUAUAUCAAAGGAGGAGAUUGAAUCGGGCGAUGUCAAGACAGCCAAGUGGUUAUUCGAAACUCAACCCCUCGAUGGUAUUAAACAUUUCAGCAACACUGAAGAAGAUGAAACUAAGACAAAGGAGAGUGUUGAAAUUGAGAAAGGUGAUGUGAAAACCUGCAGAUGGUUGUUUGAGACUCAACCAAUGGAUAAUCUAUACGAGAAAGCAGAUAAGGUGAGGAAUGAGACUGAGGUUGAGGAGGUCAACAAAGGGGACGUCAAAACAUGCACAUGGCUUUUUGAGACUCAGAACCUCGAUGACAUCUGUGACCAUUCAGAGUCCGAAUCAGAGACCGUUCUCAAAACCUGCACUGUAAAACAAGAGGACGUCCAAGGCAAAGAUGUGCAUCACGCUCGUUUUCUCUUUGAGACAGAGAACCUGGAGAACCUCACAGGGGAGGAGAGUGGUGCCUUCAGGAGGGUGACUAAGAUUGAUGUCCAGUCUGGAGAUGUGUCUAGGAUGAAGUUUCUCUUUCAGAAUCGGUCUUCAGACAUCAUGACCUCAACCUCAGCUGAAACAAUGCAUAAGCUGAAGACCCUUACGGCGGAGGAAAUUCAGAAAGGAAAUGUAGUGAACAAUAUGUGGCUUUUUGAAAACCAACCUAUAGACACUAUCCGCGAGGAUACAAAGGAAGCCAAGGAUACUCGCACCAUAACCGAUGUCCAGGGAGGAAACGUUGGUCAAGGACGCUUCGUUUUCGAGACCUACUCUCUCGAUAAAAUCCAGGAGGAGUCCACCGAGACUGAGAUUUCAAAACUCCAGAGCAUCAUCAGGGACGAUAUAGAGAAAGGGGAUGUGAAAAACUACACCAUGAUGUUUGAAAAUCAGCCACUGUAUGCAAUCUGUGACAAAGAGGGCCAUUACCAUGAAGUUACCACUAUGACAAAGGAAGAAGUCAUGAGGGGAGAUGUGGUCGGGGCCCGGUGGUUAUUUGAGACAAAACCUCUGGAUUCAAUAAGGGACACAGAUGAUGUCUAUGUCAUCAAAUCUGUCACUGAGGAGGACGUUCAGAAAGGUGAUGUCAACACGGCCAGGUGGAGGUUCGAAACACAACCUCUUGAUGAAAUCGCUGAGGACAUGAAAGUGUUGACUAAAACAGUUGAAGAUAUCCAGGGUGGUGAUGUGAAGACAAACAAACACCUUUUUGAGACAGAUGAAAUGUCUCAGAAGUAUGUUAGAACUGUUAGCGUGAGUGAGAUCCAAAAAGGGGACGUCAGGACUGCCUCAUGGAUGUUUGAAACACACAGCAUCGAUAAGAUCCACGGCGAGGGCUCAGAAUAUGAUGAAAUGGAGACAGUGACAAAAGAAGAAGUGAUGAAAGGAGAUGUCAAGCAGUCUGUGUGGCUCUUUGAAAAACAGCCGCUUGACAGCAUUAAAGAGUCAGAUGGAACAGAGACUGUUGUCACCCGGGAAGAGAUCCCACAAGCAGAUGUGAAGACAACAACAUGGCUUUUUGAAACCACUCCUUUAACCAAAUUUAAUGAGAACAGUGUAGAAAGAACUGAAAUAAUGGGGAAGAGCAUCAAAGAGACCCUUGAAGAGCUGUAUUGUCAGAAAAUGGUUGACUCACAAGGGAUUCUCAUUGAGAUGGAUGAGAUAGGAGAUGUCAGAAUGGCAAAAUAUAGGCUCAUGAACCAAGAUGCUCCGGAAAUCCAGAAGGAGGAGGUGAUCAGAGGGGAUCUAAACAACAUCAUGAUGAACCUCCUAAACAGACGGGAAACGACAGAGAAAGGGAUAGUCAUAGACCAGGAAGAGAGAGGCAACAUCAACACAACAGUAAAACAGCUAUUCAACCAAGAGAAGGGAAUCAAUGUUGAGAAGGAGGAAAUCCUCAGGGGUGACAUUCAAGAGGCCAUCAACAACCUACUGAAGGAGGAGGGCUCCUCAAAACGUGGAAUUCUGAUUCAAGAAGAUGAAAAGGGAGAUGUGCGAAUGACUAUAUACUCCCUCCUCAAUAAGGAAGACGGUGCUGGCAUUGAGAAGGAGGAUAUCAUCAAAGGCAAUGUCAGUAGGACCCUUCACAGACUCUUGUCCAACCCAGGGUCAGAGGAAUCUAAAAGGAUAAGGGUGGAAGACACGGAGAGGGGUAACGUUAGCUUUUACUCCACCUGUAUUGAAUCUGGGGCUCUGGAAUACCUCAAACAACUCCAGUUUGAACCUAAUGAGGAACAAGAAAAGGUGCAGAAGGAACGUAUCAUUGGCGGCGAUGUUAUGGAAACCAAAAUGACAUUAAGGAAGAAUCAACAGCAGAUUGAACGCACAGUAGCUGAGGAUGAUAUUGUCCCUGGUGAUGUCAACAACACUGUGAAGGUGUUUAUGAUGGAACCUGCUCUCUUGCUGGAGAACCUGCAGAAAGAGGAAAUUGUCAAGGGAGAUCUGAGGGCGGCCCUGGACUCACUGACCAAAACUAUCAGCAAGAGAGUCGUGAUAGAGAAAGAGGAAGUGGUGAAAGGAGACCUGCACACCACUCUGAGGUCUUUGGAGGAGGCUCAAAACCAAGCCAAGGAAAUGGAAAAGCCAGAAAUUGUCCGAGGUGAUAUCCGUGGAGCCCUCCAGUCAUUAGAGAAAUCAGCGACCACCAAGACUGAGGUAAUCAUUGAGGAUUUAGUGCCCGGCGAUAUCAAAGGGACCUUGAAAUCACUAGAAGAGGCUAAGCAGGCAGUGAAAGAGAUGGAAAAGGAGGAGAUUGUAAAGGGAGACAUUCAUACUGCGCUGAAGGGUUUGCAUGAGGCCUCGAGUGAGAAAAAGCUUUACCAGCACCAAGUGAGUGAACAGGGGGACGUGAGAGGCACAAUACAGCUGUUACUAGAACCAUCCACCUCCCCACGAAUGCAACGCAGGGGAAGUACUGAGGGAGAUGUGAAGACCUCCAUAAAAUGCCUCUACGAAGGGCAGGGGCAGGACCAGGAUGAGGAGCAAUCACAGAUGGAGAAGGAGGAGGUGAUAAAGGGAGAUGUUAAAGGAGCCAUAAAGAAUCUGAUGCAGAGAAAAGAAUAUUCAAAUCGGAAAGUAAGAAAGUAUCCUCCCAGGAUAGCUCCCAGAGCUCCUGUGAAAAAUCCAUUACCCACACAGCAAGUAGUGGACCAUAAAUACUCAGAUGUGGCUAAGAAUGAGAACGUCACAGUCAAUCUAGCCCCUGCUGUGAAAAACCUGUCUCAGAGUCAGAGCAGUAAAUCACAGGGCACCACACAAAAGCACCUUGAGAAGUACACCGAGAACAAAUCAGUGAAAAGCAGCAAGACCUUCACCCAAGAGGAACACUCUAUGACAACACAGGUCCAAACAGUAAAUAUUUCGGAGGCCUCACAGCAGGAACAUGUAAAAGAACAGACUCAAGUUAAAGAACAGACACAUGUUAAACAACAGAGUGUGAAACAGAAAAUGCAACCCCCUCCUAAGCACAUGAUCAUAAAGAAGAAAAAUCUGACCAAUCAGAUGACUGAUAAUACAUCAAUGAAUCAGAUGACGGAGAUUAAAGCGGCAAGUCAGAUGACUGUGAAUCAAUCAGCCAAUCAGAUCACUGUGAAUAAAGCAGUCAAUCAGAUCACUGAGAAUAAAGCAGCCAAUCAGAUGAUUGUGAAUAAAUCAGCCAAUCAUAUGACUGAAAAUAAAGCAGCCAAUCAGAUGAUUGUGAAUAAAUCAGCUAAUCACAUGACUGAGAAUAAAGCAGCCAAUCAGAUGAUUGUAAAUAAAUCAGCCAAUCAUAUGACUGAGAAUAAAGCAGCCAAUCAGAUGAUUGUGAAUAAAUCAGCCAAUCAUAUGGCUGAGAAUAAAGCCGCCUCAGACAUAAAUGUGACGAAAGAAACACAGAGAGAAACACAAGUCUCAGACAUGAACGUGACAACACAGGUCAAAACAGUCAAUAUGUCUGAGUCCACACAGCAGACACAUGUUAAACAACAGGCUGUGAAACAGAAAAUACCACCACCCCCUAAGCCCAUCGUCAUAAAGAAGAAAAACAUGACCAAUCAGAUGACUGAUAAUACAUCAACGAAUCAGAUGAAGGAGAUUAAAGCAGCCAAUCAGAUGACUGAGAAUAAAGCAGCCUCAGACAUAAAUGUGAUGAAAGAAACACAAAGCACAUCUCAAACUAAUAUUGUUUCAAAGCAAACACAGGAAACAAAGACAAUCAAACAGAUGCAAACGACAGUGACAGAACAUAAGACUGUCACACAAAAACACAACGUCAAAAAUCUGAAUACAAAUUUCCGGAACCUGGACAUGAAGGGAAAAGGUAUGAUAAAGAAAGGGACGCCUGAGAUUAAUUUCCCCCCUCCUCCCACUUCCCCGCCUCCACCCUCUGAGUCUGAGAUGUCUCUUCCUCCACCACCCUCACCAGUGGCAGGCAGCCCAAUGUCCCUGUCAUACCCUAGCCCAAUGUUUCCUACAUCCCGUCCCCUGAUUAUGAGACAGGACAGUGACCUUCCGCCUCCACCUCCUCCACCCCCAGUUGAAUGUGGGGAGCCCGACUUUUUUCCUUCUCCCCCACCCCCACCCUCUGUGGCAGGGCAAGACUUUCUUCCUCCACCUCCCUCACAGCAAGAGCUAAACUCUAUGCCACACCAAGUGCCUACACCACCACCUGGAAAGCCAUUUAAAGCUAGGCCUUUAUUCAAAAUCCCAAAACAUGAGCCACCCAAGCAACCAAUACUGGCCAAACCAAAAUGGCAGAAAAAGCAAGCAGCACCACCCCCGCCUCCUCCACCUCCUCAGCCAAUGACAGUUCAGACAGAACAUAAAGUGGAAGCAGCAGUCCAGGAAGUCAAGAGUGAAAUCACGUGUAAACAGGUGGGAACUACAAAUACUACCAACACACAGGUUCAAUCUGAUUCUACAGUGUCCACGACUAAAAUCCCUUCACCAAUCCCAGUGGCAAAACCACCACAGGAAGAGUUGCCACGACCAACUAAAAAGGUAUUCAUCCCUCCAAUCAAAAUACCCCCAGCUGCAGAACCUUCCCCAGUGGCAAAACCUAAACCGUAUGCCCGUAAAUUCAAAACCCCAUUGAUGCUGGCAGAGGAGAGGUAUCGUGUGCAAAGAGAGGAGGCUGAGAGAAACAAGUCACAAGACACAACUCCCGCCACUUCACGAGUCACAUCUCCCACACCUCCUCCAACUAAUAUGAUGCAAAUUAUGGGCUCGACCAAUGUUGCAAGUGAACAACACUCAGUUACACACAAAACUGAGCAGUCAAAAGUGACCUCAAAGGCAACACAGGAAAAGGUUGAGGAAACUCAGUCUAAAAGCAAAGUAGGCACAGUAUCACAAGAGUCGCCCAUGAAGAAAGCUCCAUCACAUAUCCCCCUGAGCAAGCCUUUGAUCUCCAUGGUAAAUAAGAAAUCAACCUCUGAAUCUGGAAAGAUUUCCUCAGAUAAGAAACACAUUACCACUGAUCAGUCCUCUAUGGUCUCUUCUGGGAAAGAACUCGCCUCAUCUGUUGCCUCCAGAAAACAUCAGGCUGUUUCCUCUGGCAAGCAUCAGACUGUUUCAGUCUCUGCUGCUCACCCUCACCAUGAGUCCAAUAUUAAAGUCCAAUCUGGCUCUAAUGUGAUUUCGUCGUCAGUAGCUGAGCAGCAGAGUGGUAUGAAAGCUAGCUCACAGUCUAUCAUCUCCACUCAGAGCAUUGUCCAGGAAAAUGUACAUCUUCAAACCCAAUCCGCCAUCACAUCCGAAGCAGAGGAGGCAAAGAAUACUAAUGCCUCUCUCACACAGGAAGUCAAAAAGAUUCCACCUCAGCCCACCAAAAUCAAAAUCCCAAAAGUGACACCAAAUUUCAAGGUGAGAACAGUGAAGUUGCCGACAGAGAAGAAAGAGGAGGAAAGCGAGGUGGUGCAAAAAGAUCAACAAGCAGUGAAAAACCAAUUACAUGUACAUCAAACCGGUAUGGAGAAUAUUUCUAAGAGUGAGACCAGAGUAGUUCAGGAGAGAACCCAGAUGGCCACCAGUAGCUCAGCGAAAAAUGAAGUAAAGUUGGAGAUGAAUGUGACACAGCAGAAAGCUGAGGAGGUUGAGAAAACUGCAGCUGCCAAGGAAACAAAGCUGGAGAUCCAAAUGAAGACAAUGGCAAAGCAGAAAGGCAUUAAAGUUGUCCCUUUGCCCAAAGAGCCAAAGCUAGUUCCCAUUCCAGUAGCUCAAGCUCAAGGGCACGGCCAAAUGUCCGUCUCCCACAGUCAACAGAGCAUGCAGGAACAGCACAUUCAGAAGCAGGAGCAAGUGAUUGUUAAUGAGAGAGUAGUUCAACAGAGCUUCCAGAAGCAGGAACAGCAGUUUCACACACAGAAGCAACAGGUCAAGUCUUUCCAACAACAAGGAGAAGUAAGCAAAAUGCAGCAGCAUCAAGAGAGGUCAAAGGCAGAGUCUAAGGCUGUCUCCAUGAACAUUGCAGGGAAGGCAGCAGCACAGACAGAAACAACUCAAUCAAUGGUGGAAAGCACAGCUCAAUCAGUGGAGGAGAGCACAGAUUCAGAGAAAUGUGUAAUGGUACAGAAGCUGCUAUUUAACAUUAAGCAGCUUCAUCCAGGGAAAAUGGAUUCAAACUCAGUGAGGACAAUACUUAGUGAGGUCCCUGACUGGUUAAUGAGGGCGGAGGAAAAGCGUGAUUUAACACAGGUUGCUGUUCAGCAGAAUAAGAAGAAGCUCCCGGAGAUCAUUUUCCGUGUGAGAAACCUAGCACAAGCUAAACUUGUAUUCUUAGAAGGACACAUGGCAGCCAUGGCAAAACAGGAAAGUGAACCUGCACCUGCAUCAUCACCUGCACCACCACCUGAACCAGCAAAUGAAAAGAAAGGAUUUGGAGGAGCAACAGCCAAGAUAUCUAAAAUAAGCAUUGGCUCGUCAAGAGUCGAAACCCAUAAGAAAGUGGUUGAGGAGAAGAAGAUCUCCCAUGAGAGCAAAAAGCCAGAGCUGACUGAAGUAAAAGGUCCUGAUCCCAGAGUUCCCUCUCCCAUGCUUGCAACGCGAACACCUUCACCUACCUUCAUAAGCAUUGAAUCAGUGAGGAGAACAGACUCACCCCUCAUGGUGACCCCGUCACCUCCUCCGUCAUACAGGUGUGGUGCCACCCCAACCCCACCACCUCCCCCUCCCCGUACCCCUACCUCUCGGUUCUGUAGGGCCACACCCUCUCCCACCUUGAGCCGCUCAGAGAAGCUAGCCAAGAUGAAGGACACCACUGCGAAGCUCUCUCGGGGCAUGACCCCUCCCCCACCCAUGCCUGAUUUUCUGACAACAGAGCAAGCCUCUGACAGAGAGGAUUCCCCAGCGCUGAUUGAACCUGAGAUCCACAUGCAGACACUGGAGAUGGAGACUGGGACGACAACUCCAGAUGUGGCUGAUAUGGUUGACUCCAUGAUGACUGUCAGAGACAAAAAGUUCUUCUUUGAGGAAGCUCAGAAGGCAGAGGUGAGCAGGACAUACAUGCGGAAGGACCCCAUUGAAAUCCCAGAGCGCCUGGGUCCAGAGGAUCUAGAGGAAGUUCCUGAAGGUGUGAAUAUAGACAUAAUGAAAGAGGAUCUCCCUAGGCUUGACCUGUCAAAGCUGGUCAAUCAAUUUGAAUCCCCACAUCCAAAGCUGUACAUCAGAAAAGAUCCCAUCGUCAUCACAGAUAGACUGGGAAGUGACACUGAAGAUCCAGAGGCAGACCCCAAAACGCCAAAAACCGAUGAAACACCUGCCUUCAACAUCAAGGCAAUCAAGAAUGCCUUUGACUUGGGUGACCAUAAUGCUCUCAAAGAAGUGAGAGAGAAACAAGAGGAGAGAGAGAGGAGAGAAUCAGAAUCUGCCGAACCGGCGGGGCACUCCGAAACAAAGUCCGUCACUGAGGAGUUCUCUGGCAUGGAUGAAUUUGGCAACGUAACAAGCGGGGUGAGGAGCGAGACCAGCAUGCAUUCUGAGAGCCAUAUGACCUGCCCCCUCCCUCCCUCCUACGCCGACGUGGUGAAGGGGAAGGUUGAAGAGAUGGCAGUUCCUGUGGAGGCCGCCACCGAGGACCUACUGAAGAGCUUCCACCAGUCCUGGGCCGAAAGUGAGAGUGUGUUCCAGAAUCUGGGAUUCAGUGUCUCAGAACAGAGGACGUCACAGAUCGUAACACACCAGCAGGAGACUGUCGUGACGGGUAAACCAACGCGUGGAGCAUGAGGGGAGACUAAUAGAGAGUGAUGGUGUGUUUAACAUAUUUUUUGUGUGAGAGUAAAAAAUAUUAACAGUGCCUUCAAAUUCAGCAUUAACGUUUUGCAUCUGCACUGUUUUUAAUGAUGCAUUUCCCCUUUGUUCUUCUUCUUCUUCUUUAUUCUUAUCUGACAGCCACUAACACUUCUAAAGCAUAAUGAAUCUAAUGGGUACUGACAGUCUUUUUAGAAUGCAUUAAAACACAGCAAGAGAGUGCCUCAUGAUGUGCUUGUCUACAGGGGGGUGGUUUUGUUGAUGCCUAAGAUAUAGAGCUGCUUGAUGGGAUGGGACCUUAUGGAUUAAUGUUUUCAUGCUUGUGUGAGGAUGUGGUUGUAUAUUUCUAAGUAUAGAAUUAGCAUGUAUAUUCUAUAAAAAAGUCACAAGUUAUAUGAUAAUUCUGAUUAGAAUUUAAAGCUGCAAUAUGUAACUUUUUGGACGGCCCGACCAAAUUCACAUAGAAAUGUGAGUUAUAGAUCUGUCAUUCUCAUUGAAAGCAAGUCUAAGAAGCGGUAGAUCUGUUCUAUCUGUGCUAUUUCCAUGCUUCCCGUUCUUAAGUUUUUGGUUUUUGUGUCUUUUACUUUCGGUAUUGUACACCACCUUCAAACAGCAGAAAAUACAAUAUUUUUGGUUAUGUAAAAUAUAUUUCAAUGCGGUUUAGAUGGUACAAUGAUUUGCUACACUAUACUUGCUUGUUUUGUCACAUAAAAUGAAAUUAAGCGAACUAUUCAAAUUUUAGCAACCAGGAAAUGGCAGAAUGAUUUCUGCAUAGUGCACCUUUAAAUCUAAAUUGAAAUGAUCUAAACACGGACUACAAUUUAUAAUGGCUUCAUAUAGUAUAAUAUGAAGUAUUCAUGAGCCCUACAUACAGUGCGGUCCUAAAUUAUUGACACCCUUAAUAAAGAUGAGCAAUAAUGUCUGAAUAAAAUAAACAAUUCAAAUUCUGAGCUAUAUUGUAUGCUCAAUUGUUUAGAAAAAUUAUAUUAUUUUAUACUAAUACAAUUGCUCUGAGAAAGAGAUUUUAUAGAUUAAGUAAUAUUCUGGUAAAUAAUGUAUUGUGUUAAAGUAAAUAAGAAUAGAAUAUGUUUCUAAACACUUCUACAUUAAUGUCCCAUGUAGCUCAGUUGGUAGAGCAUGGCGUUUGCAACGCCAGGGUUCUGGGUUCGAUUCCCAUGGGGGGACCAGUAUGAAAAGAUUUAUGCACUCACUAACUGUAAGUCGCUCUGGAUAAGAGCGUCUGCUAAAUGACUAAAACUAAAAAUGUGGAUGCUAGCAUGAUUAUGGAUAAUGAUGAGUGAGAGAGUUACAGAGGUUCAAAGAUCAUACCCCCAAGACAUGCUAACCUCUCUCAAUUACCAAUAACUGGGGAGGAUAGUGUGUCUUGGGGGUAUGAUCUUUGACCUUCUGUAACUUUCUCACUCAUCAUUAUUCACAAUUCAUUCAGGAUUAUCCGUAAUCCGUAGUCAUUGCGUGCUAGGAAUAUGUGACCAAAUACGAAACUUUCAACUACUUUAUUUAUACGAAUCUUUAGGGGUGUCAAUAAUUUGACUCCUACCUUUCUGUUAAACAAAAUCUCUUUCAAUUGUAUUAGUAUAAAAUCACAUAAUUUCCUAAUUUUUUUAGCAUACAAUAUAGCUCAGUAUUUGAAUUCUGUAUUUUAUACAGUCAUUAUUGCUGAUCUUUAUCAAGGGUGUCAUUAAUUUCGGACCCCACUGUAGAUGUUUCACUAUAUAGAUGGUUAACAUAACCGCUCCAUAUGUUGGGUACACUGCUAAAUGCAUAACACACUAUGCCAAUUCCCACAAAAAGCUGUGUUUUAAAAGGGUGACAUAAUGUAUGCUUAUUGGUAGGGACCGGACAAUACCAGUAUCGUGAUACUCAUUAGUAUCAUGGCAAGGAAACAAAACACAAAGCGGAUUUAAUUUCUUUAGGAAACAUCCCUAAUGUUGGAAACAUCAUUAUGUUGUCAACCAGAGUCAAAUGUAUUUAUUUUUCAAGCUAUAUCACACAAUAUUUUAAAUACAGCAGGUUUUUAAAGGACCAGAGUGUACGGUCUGCUUCGUGUUUUCAUUAUUGUUAUGGAAGAAAGCAGACAACCGGUAUUAUAACACCUACCACCAAGUUACAUCUUUCUCAGUGCCAAAACGUACAGACACACACAUGGACACAGUCACCACUUAUAGACAUACACACAGAUGUUUGAAUGGUGUAGGUAGGCCACAUGGUGUAUGCUAUACAUUUACUUUAACAUUGCCUUGUUGUACAUACCGUGCAUGAAGAGGCCUCCAUCUACGCCACAAAAAGCCUUGCCGAUCUGAUGUCACACACCCUAUCACACCUAAAGUAACCAAUCAUUCCCAAUUCUACCUUUAUAAUAGGGUAGAUUAAUUUAGAUCACACUCAUGACUACUUUGUAUAGUGCUUUGUCAUACUUUCUUUAAAGUGACGCACCUAUUGACAUUCAUAACACAUAGAUGCAUGCUGAAUAAGUGUGUUACAGGCCUCGGACACGAGGUCUCAUACACAUACAUCUAUUAACCGCCAAGUUAAUAGUCCUGUUAUUGACCUCUUCUUUUAUCUGUUAUAAACAGAUAAAAGAAGACACAGGAGAAGAGGUUUUGGAAAAGAAGGUAAUCUGUUUUUUAAAAAUGUAUAGGAAACCCUGUUACCCUUGACAUUAGCAAGGCUAACCGGCCUGAACAAUACCUUGUUAGCUAGCUAGCUUAGCUAUUAUUUCAAAAUACGCUAGCCGCUAACUAGCCAAAUAGCUAUUCCCAUAGGCUUGUUUUUCUCCAAAUUCUAACUAGAAAAAAAGUAACGUUAAAGUGUCUGGGCGAACAAUUAUGUUACAGGAGCGUUAUAUUAACGUACAAUCAUUUUCUGAACCUGCAAUCAUCAUCAUUAACAUCAGCACGAACGCCAUCUUUAUGAGGCCUGCUUAGCUUAGCUUGGUAACAUCUGUGUGUGUUGGUGUGUGUUAUGUCUGUCUUGGUUUAGUCACAUUUGGCAAUGCAGCCUACUAUACAUAGGGAGAUGGUAGACUAUGUCACCUUUUCUACACCCUUUAUAGAGUAUGACAUGAACUGAUUUGUGAAGCAUCUGUGUAGUGCUUAGCAAGAUGUUACUGUAUGUAUGCUACAUAAAGCCUUUAUAAUUUGUAGUUCGUUUAAAGUGGGAACAAUUUUUUUUGGUGAUUUCAUAAAUGAUUUACAGUCCAGUAGGUUUCGUAAUAAUUACUAAUUAUUAACUAAUACUGUUAAUGUGUUAGUGUUAACUAAUUUUGCUUUGUUGUCGCUUUGUUUGUUUUUACUGAAAAGGUAAAUAAAAGAAUGCCUUAACACUAUCUUUCUCUUGCAGAAAAUUCGAGUUCCAGAGUCCGAACUGUGCACGGUGUGUCGGAAGAGGGUGUAUCCGAUGGAGUCUCUGAUCGCAGACAAACACAAUUUCCAUAAAAGCUGCUUCCGCUGUGAGCACUGCAGUGGCAAACUAAGGUAAACCACAAACUUGGGCUUAUAACCAGUACAAAAAAUAACAACUAUCUUAUUUAAAAUGAUGUGUCUGAAUUGUAACAACAUUUGUCUUUCUCAGCCUUGGCAACUACGCCUCUCUCCAUGGACGAAUGUACUGCAAGCCACACUUCAAACAACUGUUCAAGUCCAAAGGAAAUUAUGACGAAGGAUUCGGACAGAAGCCUCACAAAGACCUUUGGAGUGCUAAAAAUCAAGAGUAUUCCAUUGAAAAUGAAAAGACUAAGCUAAAAUCACCGUCCCCUGAAAAACUAGAUUCCAGAAAUUCAACAGCCAGGAGCAGUGUCAGUUCGACAAAGAUAGAGGUACCACCUCCACAGGAAAAGGAAGUGAGCAAAUCACAGGAUGAAAACAAAAAGCCCACUAGUAAGAUUGCAGUUGUUUGGCCCCCUCAAAAUGAUUCUCCCAAGAAAGUGUUCAUGGUGGAGGACGACGUGAAGCUGGUCAAACCCUCAUGGCCCCCCCAGGAUAGCUCUCCACAGACCGACACCGAUGCCCAUAAAAGCCAGAUCAAUGAACCUUCUUUAAAAGAUAGCCCUGAUAUAAAAACACAAAAUUGUCCCCAAGAAACUGCAUGGGAAAGUGCCGUUGUAACUGUCGAAACUCCAGCAGAGACAAAGGCUUUGACCACUCCUGUAGACCUAGUAGAGGUAACAGAGAGUACUCCCACCCAUGAACCCCCAAGAGACAGUGACAUAGAGGUAGCUGGGAAAGUGGAACCCGAUGUGGAAGUGACAAGCGAGGUGAACGAGGAAGGAGCUGUGGAAAGUGUGAAUGUGACAGAAAAAGAUGAAGAGAAAAGUGGAGAGAAGGUAGAGGAUGUGAAAGUAAAUGGGCAUUGCAGGAAGGCUGAGGCAGAGAACCCUUAUAAAGAGGAGAAGGAGAAAAUUGAGAAAGUAAAUGGGAGUGAGGAGGAUAAGGUCAAGGUCACAGUGAUAGAUGGCGAGGCAUCAGGUGAGCCAGCAGUAAAUGCAAACUCCAACAACAACAAUAAUGGACAAUUAUUAUUUGACCAUGAACCAAUGUUCAAAGGGCUUGAUGACUACAAAACGGAAGAAAGAGAUGCAAUACUUCAGUCCACAGAACCAGCUGCUGCUGAAAGCCAUUUAAAGGAGGGCAUAUUCGGGGAUGAAGAACUAAAAUGGAUGCCAACCGACGUUCUAGACAUUGUGCAGAGGGAGGACGCUUUUGUGCCAAUGGGUGCCAAAUGUAUGGAGGCCACAGACGACAGUCUAGAUAAACAUGUCUUCACAGAGGCGACUCAAAGUAUAUUUUCUUUUGAAGCGGAACCCAAGAUUAGCACCUCAAGCUUCCUUGAGGACAUUUUUGCUGGGCUUGAUAACAGUUCCAUCCUCCUGUCUGAUUUCAAGUCUGACAUCUUCAGUGAGUCUGACAGUGAGAGGCCCUUGGUGUCAACGCUGGAUGACCUUUUGGAUUUUGGAAUGGAGUCAAGAGGAAACACAGAUAAACCCAAAGACGGUUGGAAAGGGGAUGAACAGCUUGACAGCUUUGCCAUGAAGGAUGUCUGUGCACAGGGGAAAAGCAACAUGGUGUGGAAAGAUGAUUAUGACUCACUGUCAGUGGAGGAACAAAUCAAGAGGAACAGAUAUUAUGACGAUGACGACAGUGACAACUCCUAA